AUGAAGGACGGAUUUACGAGAUGGAUCGACGGCGACAAAAAGCACACGAUUGCCCUGCUUUCCAAAGCAGACGGAACAUGUGAAUGGUCCACCGACAUUGGCUGGCAACUUUACCAACAGAAUCAGAAGAAAGUUGACGGUGGACAAAAGUGUGUUGAAUGCAAAGGAGAUAUGCAACACAUUGCCUGCGACGUCCAGGUGAACUUCAAGUUCAUCCGUUGGGUGGGCACUGCCCGGCACUAUGACACGCAAUCACAUGGUCAAUAUGAAGCAGCUCAUAUAAGCAAGCAAUCAGUCGCCAAACUUACCGAAAGGGUGGCCCUUGUUGUCGGUAGCAGCUCUCAGAGAGCAAUGAACCCACCACAACAACCUGUGCGCGAGAUCGACGUCGAUUUACAGCACGCUCGUAAAAUGGCGUAUCGCCGUCGUAACAUACUUGCUUUGAACGGAUCCAACGCUAAGGGCGCACCCAACAUUGAAACGGCAGCUGCUCCAAUUCGACAGCUUAAUAUUGAUUUUCCCGGUUUUGUACGUGAGGAUUUGCAAGUAACGGGGUAA